AUGUCUACUACCAAAGUUCGUGACUUUACAUGGAUCAACAUAUCCGAUCAACAAGAUCGCUCUCUUCCCGAUGGCAUAAAAAUCAGUCUUCCAUUACAAGUCGAAGACGAAGACUUGAUGCCCAAACGAAGGGGCGGACGAACUCCCACCCGAUCACAAAACGCAUUUUUCGUCUACCGCAUAGCCUAUGCGAAAGAACUGCAAUCGCGCGGGUUCUGGGAUUGUCCAAUGAGAGAUAUCAUAAAACAUGCUUCGUGUGCAUGGAAAACCGAAUCAUCCGACGUCAAAGAGGCCUGUCAAGCCAAGGCACAGAAAGCUAAAAAGCUGCACGAAAAGUUUUUUCCAUCGCCACGAUCUCGACGGUACAAGCAAACCAACCAAGAAGUCAGCCCAAUCUUGGCGAAACACAUUGGCAUAGUUUACGAUGUCAGGCUGCCCGGGAUUGGCGGAAUGGAGAGUGUCUUGAUUACUAAUGCAACGUCGGGCCGACACGAAAUGUUGUAUCCGCAGAGCAUAGACUCAUCGUUACCGAUUACCUUUAUUGAUUCUAGUCCUCAGGUUUAUACACAGCAAUCGUAUGAGUUUGGUUUCUACGAUACUCCACAACCAUGUAUGCAUACUUUCUGUGAUUAA